UCUUAUAUUUUUUUAUUAAAAUGCCGCAUACUCCAUCGGACUGAGCCCGAGCAGCGUCACUCGUAUCCAUAACAACCAAUACUAUUCAUUCUCAUGACAGUUCUACGUCCUUGUCGAGACCUAUUUUUUUUACUUUUAAGAACUAUUACAAAGAUAACAUUUUUCUUAGAUGAGCGAUCAUGGAUGAAGGCUGAUCCACAGGUGACUCAUGGAAGAAAAAGGUAGAAAAUGUCCAAGCAAGUCAAAAAAAUCAGACGCGGAGAGGAACAAACCCACAGAAAUUCACACUGUGCCGUCAUGUGAUCUCUGGAGGCUUCAGGCCCUGCUGGCCAUGAGCGGCCCUGAACAAGAGGUGUUGAGUCACAGUAAAACAGGAAGCAGCAGAUUCCACAGCCCGCACGGUCAAAGGGACGGUCAAAGGGACAGCUGCAGCGAGGCCUCUGAGCUAGAAAGAUUCAGUAUGACAUACAGAGAGCAGAGAUGUUUCAGCAGCCACCCGCUACACAAAGUCUUCUCAAACAUCCUAGCCUCUCUCGUGAAGAACCGCCUCUGCAGAUUGGAAAUAAUUGACUGGAUCGAUGUGGCGCCGCCCGAGUCGGUCCUGAGAGUUCUGCUUUGCCUGCGACUGCUGAUCAGAGACCCUCAGCAUCAGAAAAUGCUGCAUCAUCUUCAAGGCGUCAGUUUGCUUGCCAAGCACAUGAGCUGUAUGGCUGACAUGUACUUAGCGUGUGACGAGCAAGAGCUAGCCGCACAGUCGCUGGUCGCCAUGACCUACACGUUCCAGAAGCUGUCAGCCGCUGAAGACCAAAGGGUCUGGGUGAUCGAGAGCGGCGCUCACACGACGCUGGUGAAGCUGCUGUCCACAACCGAUAGCAGCGUGCUGCUGGGAGCCCUCAUCGCACUCACCAGCUUGGCUGAGAGCGCGCAGUGCAGGGACGAGAUCGGGGAGCUGCAGAUCGCAGAGAACCUUCUUGUUAUCCUGCAGGAAUACGACCUGCUGUCCAAGAGGAUGGCUGCAGAGCUGCUGAGGCGUCUCUCGCCAGUGCAGCGUGUCAGAGAUCAGCUGAGGGAGCUGGAGGGGUUGCCGGUGCUGCUCAGCCUGCUGCACACCCCGCACCUCAAGCUGCUGUGGAGCGUCGCCUGGAUCCUGGUACAACUGUGCCAGGACCCCGACGCCAGGGCCGACAUACGGAGCUGGGGGGGUGUGCAGCCGCUGCUCCGGCUGCUCAGCAGUCAAAGACACUUGGUCUGUGACCGCUCGUCUGUGGAGAGGCUGUCGAGCGCCAACGCCGCCGACCGUGUCCACAAAGUACUUCAUAGAGAAGAGGUCGGCCCCCAGGAUGAAGCCAACGACACAGUGGCCCUGCAGUCAGCCUGCUGCACAGCUCUGACUGAGCUCUGCCUGGAUGACUCGUGUGCUCAUCACAUUGUGCAGGAAAAUGGAAUCUUCGUCCUGGCAAAACUGAUUUUACCACCAAACUCUGGUCCAAAGACGUCGUCUCUACAGUGCUACGCAUUCCGGGCUUUGCGCUUUCUCUUCAGCGCGGAGAGGAACAGACAUCCUUUCAAGAGGCUCUUUCCUACUGACCUUUUUGAGGUUUUUAUUGACGUGGGUCAUUAUGUGCGGGACCUCCGGGCCUACGAGGGUCUACAAAUCACACUUUCUCAAUAUUCUGAAGAUGAGCUGGAGACCCUGAGAGAGAGCAUCAGAGCCGUGGACCAGAACCGGCCCGCACUCAAAGUAAUCAAUAGCUACGCCAUACUGGACCAUCUCGGCACUGGCGCCUUCGGAAGCGUCUUCAAGGUCCGGAAGCAGAGCGGUCAGAAUCUUCUGGCUCUAAAAGAGGUCCACCUCCGCAAUCCGGCUUUCGGCAAAGACAAGAAGUCCAGAGAUAGCAACGUGGAAAAGAUCAUCUUGGAGCUGGCCAUCAUUAAAGAACAGAUGGCCCACCCAAAUGUCGUCAAGUACUACAAGACCUUCCUUGAAGACGACAAGCUGUACAUCGUGAUGGAGCUGAUCGAGGGGCUUCCUCUGCUGGAGCGUUGCAACUCACUGAAGGAGAAGCAGCAGCACUUUACAGAGGACCAGAUCUGGAACAUCUUCAUCCAGAUGUGCUUGGCCCUGAGGUACCUUCACAAGGAGAAGCGAAUAGUCCAUCGCGACCUGACGCCCAACAACAUCAUGCUGGGCGAGAAGGACAAAGUCACCAUCGCCGACUUUGGCCUGGCCAAACAGAAGCAGGAGAGCUGCAAGCUGACCUCGGUGGUCGGCACCAUCUUGUACUCUUGUCCAGAAGUGGUGAAGAAUGAGCCGUACGGAGAGAAGGCAGACAUCUGGGCUCUGGGCUGCAUUGCCUAUCAGAUGGCCACUUUGGAGCCCCCCUUCUACAGCACCAACAUGUUGUCACUGGCCAACAAGAUCGUUGAAGCCAUCUAUAAGCCACUAGAAGAAGGAGCUUACUCGGACAGGCUUGAGGACAUGAUCGUAUGGUGUUUGAGUCCAGACGCGGACCAGCGGCCGGACAUUGUGGCGGUCAGUUCCAGGAUCUCUGACCUGAUGAUGAGGCUGAUGGACGGUCUCUACACCUCCCAGAAUGCGCUGGAAAGAAGAGCAGAAAGGCACAGGAAGCGAGCACAGAAGUACUUCCUGGACAAGCACAGGAGCAAGGAAAGCUUAAGCCUCUCUGUCCUGCCUGAGGAACAAGACUUCAUGACUGCUGAGCUUCCAGUUGUGUACUUUCCUGCAAGUCCAAACCAGACUGAAAACCACCUCAGUCUAGGUCAAGUCUCUGAGGAGGAUGUGGAGACUCUCAUGACCAGGAACUCUCCGAAAGAUCACUACAGGUCAAAGUCUGCUGCCUCUGUUGCUCGUCAACAACGUCCAUGUGGGGAGGCUUCAUGUCUUGGGAGGAUGAAAUCAAAACCAGCCACGCCAGGGAUCUGUGUCUCCCAGAGGAAGCUUCGCCAGAUCCAGGACCCCAUCCAUAGACUCCUGGCCCAGCUGCACAAAGUGGUCUACGUCACACAACUUCCACCUGCUCCUCAUCACGACGUCAGGAGGAGGCUUGUGGAAAGGUUCAAAAAGUCCCUGUUCCAGUCUGGGAGUGACGCCCGGCGACUAAAAGUGGAACUCGGCAAGCUGAUGCAGGCCUCAUCAGAACCCGUGGACUCUGGCUCCGGCAGUCCCUCCCGCCGCGCCCCUGGAGACGUCCAUCCCCAGGAAGACUCAGGUGACAGUCUGGGAGGAGGAGUCACGUACCAGCACUUGCAGGGGAUCGUGGAGGAGCUGCUGGAGGACAACGGCUACUACGAAGCCACGCACAGCAGGGAAGCAGACAUAAGAAGUUGUCCGUAUUCAUCGCCUUGAGGCACAAAGAUUAAUAUUUCAUAGUUGUUUGGCUCCUUUUCCAACUUGUGCGAUACCACUGAUUGACUUUCCGAUCCGAUAUCAAGUACAAUUCAUACCGAUACUUUGUGCAAAUAAAUAUACCUAUACAUUAUCUCAAAUAAUUAAACUAUCAAAAAUAUUGAUAUUUUCAGCAAAAAGGUCUGGUAUCGGCGGUAUUGGCAUUUCAGUAUUGAUUCACACAUCACUAUUGCACCAAUAAAUGGUUGGAGCUUUUUACCUUUUAGUUCUCAAAAUGAAAAACAACUUUUCAACAUGUGUUGGUACCGUAUUAUUCCAAAUUUGUCGAGUUUGAUGUCUUUGAUUCACUUUAUAGAGAAGAAAAGCAGCUAUGUCACAAAUAUUGCUCUGUACAACAUACAUACAUCCAUCCAUUUUCUACCGCUUGUCCCUUUCGGGGUCGCGGGGGGUGCUGUAGCCUAUCUCAGCUGCAUUCGGGCGGAAGGCGGGGUACACCCUGGACAAGUCGCCACACCAUCGCAGGGCCAACACAGAUAGACAGACAACAUUCACACUCACCAUGUUUAUUCUAAAUGGUCCAAUAUUGAUAUACAUGUGCUAUUGUGUUUGAAUGUCCAGCUACAUUAGGGUAGUUUUGAACAUACUGACUGAAAACUUGUAAAGAAAUGUCCGUACAGUUGUAUGUGUUAUUAUUAUUAAUGUAUGAGAAAGCCUAAACAAUAUGCUUCAGGUAAAAUGAGCCACUGAAGCCAUUCUGUAUUUGGUCAUGCAGCGCAGUAUCAAACCAGCAGAGGGCAGCAUAAGUACAUACAUUUAAGUACUCUGCACUUAAAUGUAGAGUAUAUGUAGAAUAUAUUUAUAUUAUUUAUAUAUUAUAUAUAUCAUAUUAUUUAUUAUUAUUCUUGUCUAUUGUGAGCGAACUGUGGUGCUGAAUUUCCCCCAGGGAUCAAUAAAGUACUUUCUAUUCUAUUCUAUUCUAUAAUCCACGCUCCACAACAUUAAAGAGUGCACUUGACCAUUCAGCAGAGCUGGGCACAUUUUUGACUCGGGGGUCACAUUGUCCGGGGGGCCAAUGUGUAUGUGUGUAUAAAUGAUAUAUAUACACAUUUAGCUGUAAAAACCUGCUGUACAGUAUGUGUGUGUUUGGGUCCCUUUUUUUCCAGGAACACUAAUAGCAAAAGUCACAAUGUCCGAUAGGAUUCUAAAAACGUUAUGACAGACCACCUCAAAAAAAGGUAAUGGAAUGUUACAGUUUUUUACUGAAUGAGACACCCAAAAUGUACAUGAAAAUAAAGAAAGUGGGAUUUACAAUAUUAACUAUGAA